UUGGAUAAAGGCGUGGAGUGGUUGGUCGUUUGGAAAAGUAUUGCACUCACUGAAUGCAACCUAAUUGGAGCCACUGCUUUAAUGGGACUAAAGGAUAAUCGAUUAUGAUAUGGAUGACUGACUGAGGAGUGGCGGAUUGAUUGGUGGAUGGAGUACAGUAGGAGGCCAAAUAAAUGAACACCUUGCGUUGCAGGAAGAGGUCAAACUUUAUAUCUAGCUUCUACGGAAACUGUGAAGGAAAACAAUCCUGAAAGACACAAAUUUCUCUUUUGAAUUCUUGUGACAAGUUGAAGAGAGGACAAGCUGUUCUUAUCCUUUGCUUCAAUCAAAAAGUCUGAAGAAAUGGGUUCAACGAGCGCUCCAAGAGGGUGUGGCUCCAACAUCAGCUCCAUAUACUACAACCUUUGUGACCUGACGGUGCUGUGGGGUGUCGUGGUUGAAGCCGUAGCAGCUGCUGGUGUGGUGACCUCCUUCAUUCUGUUUAUCAUUCUCAUGGCCUCGUUACCAUUUGUGACGGAUAAGAAGAGGAAGGGUAUGGUGGCUCUACAGGCCAGUAUUUUGGUCUUCACAUUGGGACUUUUUGGCCUCACCUUUGCCUUUAUUGUGGGGCAGCACUCUACAAGCUGUGCUGCUCGUAGGUUUUUAUUUGGAGUACUGUUCUCAGGCUGCCUAGCCUGCUUGGUGAUGCACGGGUUGUGGCUUGCCCUGCUGAAACAAAGUGGUCGUGGGCCAAGAAGCUGGUUGUUAUGGGUGGGAGCUCUGGGUCUCUGGCUUGUUGAAGUGAUCAUCAACAUUGAAUGGCUUGUCCUCACUAUGGUCUGGAGCCCACCUGGUAAAAUAGAUCUCCCUGACCUCUCCUGCAGCAUUGCCAACAAGGACUUUGUAUUGGGCCUCAUUUAUGUAAUGGUUCUUAUGGUUGGUGUAGUGCUUCUUGCUUCUCCCUCUCUAUCACACAAACACAAGCAGUGGCGCCGAGAUGGUGCUUUCAUCUUGGUUACAGGACUCUGCACUAUAGCAAUCUGGGUAUCCUGGAUUACCAUGUACAUCUAUGGAAACAGAGUGGCUGGUAAUCCCAGCUGGGAUGAUCCAACGUUGGCUGUAACUGUCGCCUCAAAUGCCUGGGUCUUCCUCUUCUUCUACAUAAUUCCAGAAAUAUGCCUACUAACACAAGGAGACCCAGACCUGGAAGAACCCAACGAUGGAGAGCAUAUUUAUCCUGCAAGGAGCCUCGCAUACGAUACCAUCCUCAAGGAGCUAGAGGCAGCGCCCCAGAACCUGUAUAUAGAGAAUAAAGCUUUCAAUAUGGACGAAUCACCAGCAGACCCCCCUAGGCCAGUGUCUCCGUAUGGCAUCUACAAUGGCCAGCCUCGAAGCUGUGUGUACCAGCCAACAGAAAUAGCCCUUAUAACCAAAGGUCUAACAAUGAUGAACCAAGGCCUGAUGAUACCUCGGGCCAGAGUCCCGUCUUUGAACCCAGGGAGCGGGAGGAGCUCCUUGUCUCACUCAGUCGAGUCUUUGGCUUCCCAGGGACUUUCAUAGAUUUUGUGCUUUCUUUGUUUCUCUUCUGAAGAUGCUUUAACAUUCUAACAAGACAGAUCAUGAAUAGAUCCUGUUAUAGGGUUUCUCAUCAACGUACCAUAGUAUUGCUUUCUGUGCACCAGUAUAAUCUUGUGGUACUUACAGUGAAGAAUGUCCAUUUAUUGCUGGAUGAAACAAAUAUUUACAUAGGAAAAUACAGUCCCUUUUGAAGCCUAAUAUAUUCCAUCCGCUGUGAACUGUAUUAGAAAAUGUAGAAUAUAACCUCUAGCCUCACUUACAGUGGAUUUUACCUACUGUGCUACGAAUUCAACUGUUUCCCGCUGUGCCUUACUUUCAAAUCAAAACUUUCAAGCAAAACAAAGACUUUAAUGCUUUUAGAUCAAGCUCUAAUAUGUAUGUACUGUAAAAAUGUUGGGUAUUAGUUUAAAAAAAUGAUAAAAAUUAAAAUCAUAAGCAAAAAGUAAUGCUUUUAGUCUUGAGCUUAUAUAGAACUUUAGACAACUUUCAGUGUAACAAAAAAGACCAUUAGAUAAUCUUUUUAUUUUUAUUUAUUUAGCUAUACAGUUAAACAUUGCAAAGUCAUGCUCAGAUGAUAAGACGCAAGAAAGAUGGUAAAACUUAUAGAGCUUAUAGUGCCUCCCUUAAAUAUAUGAUUCGCCUAUUCAUUUUUAUGAUAAAUUACCCCAAAACACCAAAACAUAAUUAAAGGAUCAGCAUGUUAGGAUAUUAUUCAAAUACUUCACAAUAAAAAUAAGCACAAAAAAAAUAGAAAGCGUUGAAUAAAUUAUAAUAGAAACAACAUUGUGUGAUACUAGGGGAUGAUCUUUCUGUUUGGUUACUGCACUGAAUGCAGAAUACAUUUACAUGUCCUGAUAAGUUUUAUCUGUGGCUACAGCUGCUGUCCCACUUUGUUGUUGACUUACAAUGCUUAGAGAGGUGUGUCAACCCUACUAAAACAUUUAAACUCGUACUAGAAUAAUAAGUGCAUUCUUGUACUGAGUUAGAGCUGUAUGCAGUGAUAAGUACGAACUACAUGUAGAUGCAUAUAAUUAUACUUGGUCUAGAUUUUUUAAUUAAAAUAAGUUGUAAAAUCACAACUCUUUAAUGCUGCUUGACUCUGAAUGACUCGGGCACCUUUCUGCACCGGCAAGGAAAAUGAUCUACAUCUGAUUAGUCCACCUACACACCCACUUUUCAUAAUUCAGAUCUUCAGGAAGCUGUGGCUACCUAGCAGCAGGCUGAAUCAGCUGAAUGUCUCCCAAUUAUCCACACCCUCUCCUUUUGCCUCUAGUCAUGAGCACUUGCUCGGAAACGAGAUUGGUGGCAAACUAGGAGUCCCUCACUGUGGAUUUGUACAAAACAUCCCAGCAAAUAUUAAGAAGCUUGUUUCCUCCUGCAUACGGAGAUUGACUAAUCAAAGGAAACACUGAUUUGAUGAAAGCUUGGAAAUGGAUAGAGGUUUUUAAGAUAUUAUGUAAAGGUAUCAUUUGUAAUAGUUAUAAUUAGGGAUGGGCUAAUUACUGGUAAUGAGGUAUAGCAGGCUUUUAAGGAUACCUUUUCCAUCACAGUGUUCCUUUAAAGCCAUUUUCAUAUGAUACCAGAGAAAGAACUGGAAAGACCGCCUCCCACCUGUUGCUAAAGAAGAUUGUGGCAUUUUGAGUUAUUUACCCAUCAGCUUAUAUUUAGCACUGAUGCUUAGAUCCCUUAUCUGCAAAAAGUACCUUCAAGAAUAGCAAUGUUCCUUUCCAUUAUUCAAUAAAAACAGUCCCUUGUGCAUUUUGUUCCACAACGGCCUUGAAUAUCAACUGUUAAAAGUGUGUAUUACAUAAAAAAGGGAGCCUUCUUCUUUCAAAACAAUCUAAUCGUAAAAGCAAAAUGGGGAAAAUGUGUGUUCAGAUUCACAAAAAGGCUUUCACACACUUGUUAAGCCCUUUAUGUUAUCUGAAAACAUCUGUUUGGGUUUAUUAAUGAAUGCCCUUAGUGUUCUCCAAAAUAUUAGACUUUAGCUGGGAGUUCCUGGGUUUUUUUUUAACCUGGUGAGUGAUGCAGAUUGAUGCCCUAAACUACGCAGGCAGCAACUAUAAACUCCCCGAUAGCAAAAGCGACAACACACAGCAGAGGUGCGUGCACCUGUCUUGCAUUUCCUGAUUACUGUGACAACAGUCAAAAGAAUAGUCAUAAAAAUAAAGUGUUAACAUAGGGAAGUUAAGACCUGCUUCAUAACAUAGUAACACUGUUAGUGUUGUCUAAAAAGCAUGAAACAAAUAUUUGCUUUUUUAGUCCAGGAUGUGUUAAAUGUUUAAGCUCUAAAACAAUGCUUCUAUAUUUGUGCAGAUGCCAAUAUCUAAACAAAGGUCUUUUUCAUGCUGGGAAGUCUUUAAAGGAUUACAAAAUUAAACACCGGCACCAGCCUUUCAGGAGCCCCAAUUUUCUUAAGGAAAGGAAAGUUUGUUUAUUUGGCACAUAUCUUUAGCAAGACUUUAAAUCAUAAAAUGAAACAUAACAAGAAAACACCCAUAGAAAAAGACAUUGCAGUAGAAUAAAGUUUAUGAAAAUAAAUUAAAGCCUGACAAAGACAUUUAAAUUGCCAAUGGUCUUAUUGUUGGAAUGGAAGGUUUGAGAUAGGCUUAUAGUUCUGCAGGAGCAGCUUGUCCAAGUUGCUCUUUUCUAUAGUGCUUUAAUGAUUGCUGUUUUUCCCUGACAAAAGGGAAACGUUUAUUGAUUGAGUAAAUCUGAUUUUAUGAUAGGAAUAGCUUUCUUUAAGGAAGCUCUGUGUAAAACAUCGGGAAGAAGGACGGAGUCGGUGUAAGAUUUGUUUUUUUAAGUUUAUUUGGUGAAUUUUGGAAAUUUAGGCAAAAUCUUUUCUAGUUGAAAACUAUUUUGAUCCUGGAUGUUAUGGAUUUAAUGAUUGCCUUGUUUUUUUCAGUGUGAAAAAUCAUACAUUUUUGGAGGCCCUGAAAGAGUUAAGUUCAGAUGCUAUAAUGACAGGAGGGUUUAUAAACUUGUAAAUCUUGGCAUAUAAAGCAUGAGCAUUAUUAAUGUAAUUUAUUGAAAUACUGCU